GUUUGGCGCAGCCUACGAAUCGAACGAACUUAAUAAAAGUAAAUAAAAUGGCAAUAGGGCAACCUACCCCGGAUACCCAUAUAGAAGUUGUAAGCACUUCUCGACCUCAGAGCAGGUUCAACUGCUGUGUUAAUCGUCAGAGGCUGCACUCGAUUAUUACAGGAAUGGUAAUCUUUUCCUAUGGCGGUAUGGGCAUGGCUCAGGGCCUUGGAUGGAAUAGGUACACAGGCAUCGCCGACUCCUAUCAAUUUGAGUUCAGUUGGUUCAUUGGCGUCAUCAUUGGAGCUAUAUUGAGUGCCCUCGCUUUUGUUCACGUGCCCAAGUUCUAUUUCUAUGCUCUGGCAAUUGUGAUGCAGCUGAUCGAUGCCAUUAUCUGUGUGAGUGCCCCAUAUAACUAUGAAGCAAUGGUUGCAGCUCGGUAUAUUGGAGGCAUUGCCAUUGGCUUCAUUACGGUACCCUUUAUAAUACACAAUUCGGAAGUGGCGCCAAGCAAUGCCCGUGGCAAGUGGUGCGCCGUGGAGCAGUCCGGCCUGGGAUUGGGCAUAGCUAUACAGGUGAUCAUGGACUCAAUGUGGAACCCGGCCUUAUCUAUCGGAAACAACCAAGUGCAUGGCAUCAUUGGAAUCGUUUUUGCUAUUAUUGCCAUUGCCAUAUUAAUGCUAUCGGUUGAAUCGCCUAUCUUCCAAUUGCGCCGGAAUGAUUACGUAAAGGCAAACACAUGCCAAUGGGAGCUGAUGGACAAAAACGCAACCUCAGAGGAUCACAAUGAAGCCCUCGAAGAAAACAAGCGCUAUGUGUCGGAGGGCUCACACGAGAGCUUAGGCCAUGAUCUAUCCGCCUCCAUGAUUCCAUUUAUCAAAAUGUUCUUCUGUCGCUGCCUUGUGGCGUUCAGCUUCUCGGCGCCGCUCACCAAGACAAUCAUAGCGAGCAGCGUUGUUUGGAAAGGCACCAUGUACAGUUGGCCGAUCAUCGUAUGGAGAAUCUUGCGCUGGAUCGGAACGCUCGUUGCCAUAUUAGUUAUGGACAAGCUGGGACGCAAGCUCCUCUCAAUGGUAGGUCUUGUAUGCAUGGCGGGCUUGAUGCUGGGCAUGGCCGGCAUCUAUUCCAACUGGUCUAACACUUUCAGCCCAUACUACAUGGCACAGGUUUGUCGCAUUUCUAUGGUAUUCCAAAUGUUUGCUGGCCUCUUCGUCGCAUGCACGCCCGCUUACAUGGGAGAGGCGUUCCCCAUGCGAGUCAAGCCCUUCAUGAUUGCCCUUAUUGUGUGCAUUGAGCAAGUGAUCCAUAUCAUUGUGAUUGUCACAUUCGACCGGAAUCCCUACUGCUUCUUCCAGUACUAUUUGAGUGUUGGUAUUAUCCUGCUUAUAAGUAUGCUUAUCCUUUUGGCGAUGCUACCGGAGACGCGAAAAAUGACGUUGCGACAGGCGGGCUACCGCUUCCGUCGCCUGCAUGACAUCUGGGCCCACUAGGGAGGAGCUGACAUAGAAGCAACUGUACCUCAAUAAAACUUUAAAGAUGUCUAAUUAUAUCUGUACAUACAUUU